GGCGCUGCUACUUUGGUAGAUCUUGCUGCGUUAGGAAGAGGGUAUUCAGUUCGUAUGGAGGAACCUGCACAAGAGCAGCGCCGCCUCGUGCACAUCAGGUCCAAAGUGUUGUUGUCUGAGAUUCUGAGGAGCAUGGGUGCAAAUGAGACACAAUACAGUUGCCAUGCUGUAGUGGAUGGCUAUGUUAGGUUUGCUGAGGCAACUAUUUAUGCUGCAAGAGAAGGUGCAGAGCCUCUUCUUCGUGCACAGGGUAUGUCAACUAUAAGAUCAUGCGAUGCAGAAGAAAGUGCUGCAAUUACAUUAAUUUCUGUUAUCAAGAAAGAAUGUAGAGUGGAGUUCACCGAUACGAACUGGCUUGAUAUGAAUCGCUAUCAUGGUGAGAUGGAGCGACUGAAGAGAGUUGUUGGGAGAGCUCGGAAGAAACACAAUACUCUUGCAAAGAAGGCACACUUGCUGGAAAUCAGUUGGGAUAGAGCUAUAGAUUCAUUGGCUUCUGUCAACCAAAUAUGUGAUGAUACAUGUUCUUCUGCUCUAGGAGGUCCUGAUGCUGAUGCUCUUAAUCAUCGUGAGGUUGGAGUAUUCUAUGAUGUGCACCGUCUUGGUGAAUAUGCCCAAUCUUGUAUGGAUGAAGGUUUGGCUAACCUCACCAGUGCUGGUGGUAGAUACAUCCAAGGAUAAGGACACCUGGAUGGAUUGCUCUUGGGAAGUAAGUUGAGAGAAAACAACAGAUGUUGUGGCUGAAAUUAUCUCUAGUAUCUUAUCAGUAGGAAUCCUGCAGUUGACUGUAAUAAGUGUCUGUUAUAUAGCAAUAGUUGUGUAUAGCUAGGCGUUGAUGCAUGGAACAGCAUGUAUGUAUGCCAUAUAAAUGGUGGUUAUGUAUUUGUCCAUAGCAUAUAG